AUGAGCCAGACCAGUGCCUCGAGGAUUAUCAAUACUGUGAGCGGUGCCCUGUGCGAACUCGCGAAAUCCGGAAUGAAGUUUCCAGCGACGUCGCGGGCCGCACUGCUCACUGCACGCGGUUUCCUGGAGAUCAAUGGGUUCCCCAAGGUGCUGGGGUGCAUAGACGGCACCCACAUCGCCCUGAAGAUUGCCAAACAAGACCAGCACAUCUACAGGAACCGGAAGGGAUAUGACUCUCUUAACGUGCAGGCCAUCUGCAAUGCCUCAAAGGAAAUAACGCAGCUGACGCCAUGGCUCAUGACACCCUUCCGCAAGUUCCAAAAGAAGGAGGAGGAGAACUACAAUGACGGCCUGACGAAGACGAGACAAGUCAUCGAGAGAACUUUUGGCAUAAUGAAGUCCCGCUUUAGGUGCCUGGACAGGUCCGGCGGUGUCCUGCAAUACUCUCCUGGUGUGUGCUGCCGCUUGAUCGUAGCCUGCGCAGUCCUGCACAACUACUGCACUCGCCACCACAUCUCCCUUGCAGAACCACCCGUUGAAGAAUCCGACGAUGAGGAAGAGGAAGAAGAGGACAGGCCGAGCACCGCCCAAGACACACCCUCUGGCAAAGCAGUCAGAAAUGAGCUUGUCAACACCGUUUUUAAGGACAAUUUAGCCAUCUACAAACUGCACGUUGAGGUUGUAGGCUUCAAGUGCCACCCUCUGCUUCUGCAGUUCUAUAAUCUGGUCCAGGCGUUCAACAAUAGCUUGCUGAGAUUCGAUAAUCUUGUGGCUAUGGUCCUCCAUGUCACCUGCACAUAA